AUGGAACAACACUUACUGAUCAAGUUGGAAUCAAUGACCAUCAACGAUGAACAUCCCACAUCAGAUGCAUUGGGCUGUGAUCUCUCUUCUGCACAGUCGUUAUUCACUCCAGUUGCAUGGGAUAAACUUAAAGUGUUUAUACAACGAAAUUUUCAGUUGAU